AUGACUGGUGUGUAAGAAAAGGAAUGUCCACUGGACCCUAACACUGUCACAUUCUCUCUCCCUCUCCCCUCCUUGUCUCUCCCCCUCCCCUCCCCUCCCCCUCUCUCCCUCCUCCCCCCCUCCCCCCCCCUCUCUCCCUCUCCCCCCUCCCCCUCUCUCCCUCUCCCCUCCUCCUCCCCCUCUCUCCCUCUCCCCUCCUCCUCUCUCCCUCUCACCCCUCCUCCUCUCCCCCUCCUCCCCCUCCUCCUCCCCCUCUCUCCCUCUCCCCUCCUCCUCUCUCCCUCUCCCCUCCCCCCUCUCUCCCUCUCCCCUCCUCCUCCUCCCUCUCUCCCUCUCCCCCUCCUCUCCUCUCUCCCUCUCACCCCUCCCCUCCUCCUCUCUCCCUCUCACCCCUCCUCCUCUCCCCCCUCCUCUCCCCCUCCUCCUCCCCCUCUCCCCUCUCCCCUCCCCUCUCUCCCUCUCCCCUCCUCCUCUCUCCCUCUCUCCCCUCCCCCUCUCUCCCUCUCCCCCCUCCCCCUCUCUCCCUCCCUCCCCCUCCUCCUCCCCCCUCUCCCUCUCCCUCUCCUCCUCCUCCCCUCUCCUCACCCCUCUCCUCUCCCCCUCCUCCCCCUCCUCCUCCCCCUCUCUCCCUCUCCCCUCCCCUCUCCCCUCUCCCCUCGUCCUCCCUCUCCCCCCCGUCCUCCUCCCCCCUCUCCCCCCCUCCUCCUCCCUCCCUCUCCCCCUCCCCUCCCCUCCUCUCUCCCUCCUCCCUCCCCCCUCCUCCCUCUCUCGCCUCUCCCCUCCCCCUCUCACCUCACCCUCCUUCCCUUCUCCCCCUCCCCUCUUCUCCCUCUCCCCCUCCUCCUCCCCCCUCCCCCCCUUUCUCUCCCUCCCCCUCUCCCCUCUCCCCCUCCUCCUCUCUCUCCCCUCUCCCCUCCUCCUCUCUCUCCCGUCUCCCCCCUCCAGCUGCCUUGGGAGAGUCCGAGAGAACCACAUUACUUGAUCCCCCCAACUCUGGAGCUCCUCUCCCCCUGACUCCCAGCACGUACCGGCAGAUCUCCCGUUCUCACCCCGAUGUAGGGCGCCCCGAGUCCAGCCUGUGUCCUGGAGCAGACUGGGUCUCUGGAGCGUCGACCACCAGGAUGGGUCAGGUCUCCCAACUCCACCUCACCCUCUCCCCUGGUCCUAAAGGGGCCCAGAGAGUUCCGUCCUUUGCUCCUCUCAGACACUCCUCUGCUGUCUCCAGCAGUGUUGAUGUAGACGAGAGCCUGGGUUACGCCCCCGAGCCUGCGCCGGCCAAUCAGACGGGGUCGCAGGAGACCAGAGAUCCAAUCAGGAGACAGGGGCAGGAGACGGCCGACGCCUCAGUCCAGGUCACCACGGGAACGGCAACCUCCACCUUCCCACAAUGCUUCACACCUCCCCAGAGGCUGACUGGUACCGGUCCGUCUCGGCUGGUGGCGCUGCCGGUUCUGUUGCCAUAUAAACCACACGGUAGUGAGGAGAUGUUCUACGUAUCCCAGACGAAUACUGACACACAGCUUUCCCCUGUACGAUCUGACACCACCGUGGAGAGUUCACACCCAGGUACAACAACAUCUCUUAUCUAACUAGUUAAAAUACAUUAUUUUGCCAUUUUUAAACGAUCUAUAGUGACACUGACAGAUUCUGAAUGUGUUAAGGAAUUCCAGAGCAUUCAAUAAUGAAUUAUCCCAUUCGUAUGAACAUGUCUAGAGAACUCAUAGGCUAACUGAGACCGUCAUGUAAUAGGUGCAGCCACUGACCCCCCCUCUUCUCCUCUGGCCCCUCCUCUCUCCUCUGGCCUCUCCUCCCCUCCUCUCUCCUCUCCUCCUCUCUCCUCUCUCCUCCUCUCCUCCCCUCUCCUCUCCUCUCCUCUCCUCCUCUCCCCCCCCCCCCCCCCCCCCCCCCUCCUCUCCUCUCCUCCCCUCCUCUCCUCCCCAUGCGGGUAGCAGCUGGUCUUUUGUAACAGUGAAUGAAUUAUUCAUGUCCCAGUGGGAGAGAGACAAAGGUAGUGUUGAGUCCCAGGUCCGACGGCGAUGUUCCUCAGAGAGAAACAGGGCUUCCUGCUUCCUCUCCCAGCCACUCACCCGUUCCUUCCUCUCUCUCUCUCUCUCCUCCUCUCUCUCUCUCCUCUCUCUCUCUCUCUCUCUCUCUCUCCUCCACAGGCUCGGACGACGCGGUGCCCCCUCGCUUCAACACGGAGAUCCUGGGGUCACGGGAGCAGCAGGUGGACCAGGGGGUGGACAGGGGGGUCAACAUCAAACACACAGAGGGUAUCUACAGCAAGAGACUAAGACUGGGAGGCGGGUACAGCAUGGAGAGGAGAGGUGAGCACUCAGUGUAGUGAGGGUUUCACACUGGGGGAAGCACAGGGUCAGUGUUGUGAGGGUUUCACACUGGGGGAAGCACAGGGUCAGUAUAGUAUACAGUACGUAUAUUUUUAAUGGACAGAGUCGCUGCUUUAUGUGUGAAUGUGCUUUUCUCUUGAGUUCUUAACCAGAUACCAUUUCCACUCUCAGGUAACACCGAUGCCAGUGGAUGAAAGCCAACCAAUGAGUGACCAGCAUGCUCCACAGCCACGGUGCUACUCUCAUGUAACAGGAGGGUUAACCAGAGGACCUAUACCAACCACCACCACUAGAGGUCCUGCUAUACCAACCACCACCACUAGAGGUCCUGCUAUACCAACCACCACCACUAGAGGUCCUGCUAUACCAACCACCACCACUAGAGGUCCUGCUAUACCAACCACCACCACUAGAGGUCCUGCUAUACCAACCACCACCACUAGAGGUCCUGCUAUACCAACCACCACCACUAGAGGUCCUGCUAUACCAACCACCACCACUAGAGGUCCUGCUAUACCAACCACCACCACUAGAGGUCCUGCUAUACCAACCACCACCACUAGAGGUCCUGCUAUACCAACCACCACCACUAGAGGUCCUGCUAUACCAACCACCACCACUAGAGGUCCAUCUGUGGCCAUGAGAGACCAUGGAACCUCAAUCACCACCACCACCACACACACCCAGGGGGUCUCAGUCACGGACCGCCCUGUCCAGCCCUCCCUUCGCUGCAGCCUGGGGGUGGGGGAGGAAGAGCAGGAGGAGUUCCAGCCUCUGCAUGUAGAGAUGGACUAUAGUUGUAUGGACCAUCACCAUCACUUCCCCAACACACAUCCAACCCACCCUCUCCCUCACCCAGGGAUGGAGCGAGAGCCGGGCAGGCGGGACCACAGCCUAGCCCAGUGGAGUGGCGGCACUCUGGACCAACUGUGGCGCAGGUUCAGUGAGAGGUGGAGCUUGGAGGAGGCCCGGCCCACCAAUGAGAGAGAGGCCCCCCUUGCUGGAGCGUCUGGAGCGUCUGUCCCGCCUCAUCCAAAGCACCGGGACCUCCACCCUACCACAGCAGCAGACUGACACCACAGAACAAGAGGGAGGAGGACGGAGGAGUAGAGAGAGAGAGAGUAGUAAGAAGAAGGAGGAAGGGAGGAGUAGAGAAGGUGUGGAAGAAGAGAGGAGCAGGAGAGAGAAGGGCAGCAGUAGACGGAGCAAUCCCGAUGCUAAAGCUAACCAGGCUACGGCUAGUGGUGCGCGCCAGGCCUGGGAGGGGGAGGACUGCCCCGCCUCCUACAACUCUAGUCCCUCCCACCGCCCGGCCCGCAGCCAAUACCUGUGUCCAGCGGAGAGAGAUACGUUUGGGAGCAUCUCGGGGGAGACCAGCAGCUCCAUGUCGACAGUAGACACAGCCCGACUGGUGUGGGCCUUCGGAGCCCACAGGGUCAGAGGGCAGAAUACUGGAGGAGGUGAGUUCAGCAACGGUUCUCUUUUGAGGUUAACAUGUUACUUAUGAACAACUUCAAGUUGAAUGAUUUGAAUGAGCUAACAUUUACACACUAUUCUCCUUGUUCAACGCACCUAGGGACUAGCUCCAGUCACAGGACCAACCACAGCCUCAGUAAACUGUACAGCACCAUCCACCAGCAGAGGAGAGGGAGACCCAGAGAGACUCCUCAUAUACCCCCAGUCCCCUCAGAGUCUACUGGCACUGAUGACUCUGUAGUAUGUCUACCUUUCUGUUGACUUGUCCUUCUCUCUGCUCUGAGAAGAGGAGGGAGGAGAGGGAGAAAAGAGAGAAGGGAGGGAGAGAGGGAAGAGAAGGAGAGAGAAGGAGAGGGGAGGAGGAGGGAAGAGAAGGAGGAAAGAGAGGGGGAGGGAGACUCUUCUCUUUCUCUUUCUCCUCUUUCUCUCUCUCAGAUACCUCUCCUCUAACGUCUCCUUUCUCUUCUCCUCCCAAGCUCUCCGCUCCUCUCUCUUUCCUUCCCUUCCUCAUCUCUCUCCUCUUUUCUCUUCAUUAUCUCUUCUCUUCUCUCUCUCUCUCUCUCUCUCUCCCUCCUCUCCCCUGUCUCUCUCUCUCUCUCCUCUCCUCUCCUCUCUUUCUCUCCUCACCCUUCUCUCUUCCCUCUUUCCUCUUUCUCUCUCUCUCUACUCUCUCUGUUAUAAAACUGUUUGUUUUCAGACCCCAUCUUUCUCAGGCUCGGUUCCCUGUACUGUAUAAUGAAUGGUCUAUAGUUUUGAUAGUCAUUGAUUGGCUCCUGUGUAUUGUGGCUCCUCAGAUUCCAGCUGACUCUGAAUCAUCAACCAGCACCUACACCCUCCCCUCACAUCGUGGCCCUUCCCACUCCAAGAAGGCAGUCAAACUUGUCAGCAAAGGUAUACAGGCAGGUCAGUAACCUAUGUUCUGAAAAUAAUAUGUAAUAAUAAUAAAUAAUAAUAAUAUGCCAUUUAGCAGACGCUUUUAUCCAAAGCGACUUACAGUCAUGCGUGCAUACAUUUUUUUUUUUGUAUAUGGGUGGUCCCGGGGAUCGAACCCACUACCUUGGCGUUACAAGCGCCGUGCUCUACCAGCUGAGCUACAGAGGACCACGUGUACACUGAACUAAAAUAUAAACGCAACAUGCAACAAUUUCAAAGACUUUACUGAGUUACAGUUCAUACAGUGCAUUCGUAAAGUAUUCAGACCCCUUGACUUUUUCCACAUUUUGUUACGUUACAGCCUUAUUCUAAAAUGGAUUAAAUUGUUUCCCCCCCCCCCUCAUCAAUCAACACACAAUACCCUAUAAUGACAAAGCAAAAACAGUUUUUAGAAUUUUUUGCAAAUGUAUUAAAAAUAAAAAACUGAAAUAUACAUUUACAUACACUACCAGUCAAAAGUUUGGACAUACCUACUCAUUCAAGGGUUUUUCUUUAUUUUUUACUAUUUUCUACAUUGUAGAAUAAUAGUGAAGACGUCAAAACUAUGAAAUAACACAUAUGGAAUCAUGUAGUAACCAAAAAAGUGUUAAACAAAUCAAAAUAUAUUUUAUAUUUGAGAUUCUUCAAAUAGCCACCCUUUGCCUUGAUGACAGCUUUGCACACUCUUGGCAUUCUCUCAACCAGCUUCACCUGGAAUGCUUUUCCAACAGUCUUGAAGGAGUUCCCACAUAUACUGAGCACUUGUUGGCUGCUUUUCCUUCACUCUUGGCAUUCUCGCGUUUUAUAUUUUUGUUCAGUGCAUAAACAUGGAGGUGUGGAGGGAGGGGCUCAAACAUGGACACUCAACCAUCUCUCCCUCUCCUCUCCGCAGGUGACCUGGAGAUUGUGAGUAACGGAACACGUCGCCACACCCGCGACGUUGGCACAACGUUCCCCUCGCCAGGCUCAGCCAGGGGUGCCAGGGUACCCUCAUCCUCUGGUGGCAGAGAGGGGGCCUGGAGGUUCCUAAAGCAGGGGAAGAGCAAUAUGAGCCAAGCCCUUCAAGGUCAACAUUUUACAUUUAAACUCUAGAGUGCUCCCAAAUCAGUAACACACAAUGCAAUACUAAUCCAGUAUUAUUCAAAGACAGACAAGAGCAAUGUGCAGCAGGGCCUCACUAUUUGAAGCAGUCUUAUAUGCAGAGUUGUAUGUAGUUAUACACGGAGUGGACAAAACAUUAAGAACACCUUCCUAAUAUUGAGUUUCAACCCCCCCCCCCCCCCCCUGUUGCCCUCAGAACAGCCUCAAUUCGUCGGGGCAUGGACUCAACAAGGUGUCCAAAGCGUUCCACAGGGUUGCUGGCACCAUGUUGACUCCAAUGCUUCCCACGGUUGUGUCAAGUUGGCUGGAUGUCCUUUGGGUGGUGGACCAUUCUUGACACACACGGGAAACUGUUGAGCGUGAAAAACCUAACAGCGAAUGCAAUUCGACACAAACCGGUGCACCUGGCACCUUCUACCAUACCCCGUUCAAAGGCAUUUAAAUAUUUUGUCUUGUCCCAUUCACCCUCUGAAUUGAACACAUACACAAUCCAUGUCUCAAUUGUCUCAAGGCUUAAAAAUCCUUCUUUAACCUGUCUCCUCCCCUUCAUCUACACUGAUUUGAAGUGGAUUUAACAAGUGACAUCAAGAAGGGAUCACAGCUUUCACCUGGAUUCACCUGGUCAGUCUUAUGUCAUGGAAAGAGCAGGUGUUCUUAAUGUUUUGUCCACUCAGUGUAGAUCUCCACCUUAUUGUUGGUGUCCGCCCUGAGAUUGGAAGGUUGGGAGUUCAAUCCCUGGCCGAGUCAUACCAAAGACUGUAAAUUGUGACCGGAUGCGUCUCUGCUUGGCACUCUGCAUUAAGGAAAUGUUGUGGCUUUGUUUCGUCAAGUUGCCUCAUGCUACAAAAACAGCUUCUGCUCCUAUGAGCCAUUCUGGCUCGCACAAGCCAAGGUUCAAACAAGGCUGUCCACUUUACGUGUGUCGUCAUGUCUGUGUCCUACUUCCAGGCGUGUCAUCAUGUCUGUGUCCUACUUCCAGGCGUGUCAUCAUGUCUGUGUCCUACUUCCAGCGUGUCAUCAUGUCUGUGUCCUACUUCCAGGCGUGUUUUUUGUCAUAUGUCUGUGUUCCUACUUCCAGGCGUGGUCAUCAUUGUCUGUGUCCUACUUCCAGGCGUUGUCAUCAUGUCUGUCUCCUACUUCCAGGCGUGUCAUCAUGUCUGUUUCCUACUUCCAGGCGUGUCAUCAUGUCUUUUCCUCUUCCAGGCGUGUCAUCAUGUCUGUUUCCUACUUCCAGGCGUGUCAUCAUGUCUGUGUCCUACUUCCAGGCGUGUCAUCAUGUCUGUGUCUCCUACUUCCAGGCGUGUCGUCAUGUCUGUUUCCUACUUCCAGGCGUGUCAUCAUGUCUGUGUCCUACUUCCAGGCGUGUCAUCAUGUCUGUUUCCUACUUCCAGGCGUGUCAUCAUGUCUGUUUCCUACUUCCAGGCGUGUCGUCAGUUGUUUCCUACUCCAGGCGUGUCGUCAUGUCUGUCUCCUACUUCCAGGCGUGUCAUCAUGUCUGUUUCCUACUUCCAGGCGUGUCAUCAUGUCUGUUUCUCCUACUUCAGCGUGUCAUCAUGUCUGUGUCCUACUUCCGGCGUGUCAUCAUGUCUGUUUCCUACUUCCAGGCGUGUCAUCAUGUCUGUGUCCUACUUCCAGGCGUGUCAUCAUGUCUGUGUCUCCUACUUCCAGGCGUGUCGUCAUGUCUGUUUCCUACUUCCAGGCGUGUCAUCAUGUCUGUUUCCUACUUCCAGGCGUGUCAUCAUGUCUGUUUCCUACUUCCAGGCGUGUCAUCAUGUCUGUUUCCUACUUCCAGGCGUGUCAUCAUGUCUGUGUCCUACUUCCAGGCGUGUCAUCAUGUCUGUGUCCUACUUCCAGGCGUGUCAUCAUGUCUGUUUCCUACUUCCAGGCGUGUCAUCAUGUCUGUGUCCUACUUCCAGGCGUGUCAUCAUGUCUGUUUCCUACUUCCAGGCGUGUCAUCAUGUCUGUUUCCUACUUCCAGGCGUGUCAUGGUACAUCCCUGCUGAGGACCUGAGAGCUGAGAGCAGGAAGGAGAACCAGCCGGAGCAGCAGCCUCCCCAGGGCCCGGUCCCGGCCUGGUUUGAACCCUACAGCAGAACCUCCCGGCCCUGGAGAGAACCACUCAGACAGAGACACAUACAGGACAGGUCUUAAUCUACUAUUUUGUUUAGAAAUGUUUUAUUUUAUUUAUCUUUCUCACUUUAUUGUUCUAUUGUAAUGUUUGCGAAGAACUUCGAACUGUGUUUUUUUUGUAAGAACUGUGCUUUGAUUUGCCAGGGAGCGACUGACAGACAGACUACAGACCAACCAGCUGGAGGCUGACAGGGAGAGUCCCAGUGACAGGCAGCACAACAAGCCCAGCAUCAUCACCCCUCCUGGGCCUGAACCCACAGGCAACGCCCCCGCCGCUCUGGUCCGCAUCUCUCUACAGGUCUGGUUCACUACUCUGUUACCUGCGUUGUGUCUGUUACCAACAGUGUCUGUUACCUACGUUGUUGGUCAAAGGUCAAACAUGCUCCUCUCCAACCAUAUUAAGCUGAUAUAGCUCCUCUCCAACCCCUGUAGGAAGCUUUGGAGCUGCGUCGGCCAGAGUUUGUGUCUCGGUCUCGGGAGAGGGUGAAGCGUCUGGUGCUGCAGGUGGAGGAGAGGAAGCUGCAGGUCGUCUUCAGCAGAGAGAGACACCAGCUGUUCAAAACCCCCCUGGGGACCGGGGACUGCCCAAACCUACGGGUACCAACCCCCCCCCCAGUCCCCAAACCAACAGGUACCAAGCCCCCCCCAAGCCCCAAAAAACCUACGGUACCAACCCUCCCCCCCAGUCCCCAAACCUACAGGUACCAACCUCCCCCUCAGUCCCCAAACCAACAGGUACCAAGCCUCCCCCAGUCCCCAAACCUACGGCCAAGCCCCCCCUCGUCCCCAAACUACAGGGGUACCAAGCCUAGCCCCCAAAACUACAGGUACCAACCCUCCCCCACCCCCCAAAAACCUACAGGUCCCAAAGCCUCCCCAGUCCCAAACCAACGGGGUACCCAAGCCUCCCCCUCAGCCCCCAAAAACCAACAGGUCCCAACCCCCCCUCCCCCCCAAAAAAAACGGGGUACCAAGCUCCCCCAGCCCCCAAAACCCAACGGGGUACAAAACCCUCCCCCAGCCCCCAAACAACAGGUCCCAACCCUCCCCCCCAGUCCCCAAAAAAAACAGGUACCAAGCCUCAGCCCCCAAAACUACAGUCCAAAGCCUCCCCCCGCCCCCCAAAACCAAAGGGGUACCAAGCCCCCCCCAGCCCCAAAAAACCAAACAGGCCCAAAACCUCCCCCUUUUCCCCCAAACCAACAGGAAAAAAACCCCCCCCCCCCCCCCCAGUCCCCCAAACCAACGGGUACCAACCCCCCCCCCAGUCCCCAAACAAAGGUACCCCCCCCCCACCCCCCAAACCAAAAAGGGGGUACCAAAGCCCCCCCCCGUCCCCAAACCUACAGGUACCAAGCCCCCCCCCAGCCCCAAACCCAAAAGGGUACCAAACCCCCCCCCCAGCCCCCCAAACCCCAAAACAGGUCCAGCCCUCCCCCCAGUCCCCAAACCAAAGGUCCCAAACCCCCCCCCCCCACCCCCAAAAACCUACAGGUACCCCUCCCCGCCCCCAAAAAAUACAGGAAAAACCCCCCCCAUCCCCAAACCAACAGGUACCAACCUCCCCCCAGUCCCCAAACCGCAGGUAGCAACCAACUCCCGCCCCAAACCAAAAGGUACCAACCCCCCCCCAUCCCAAAACCAAAAGGUACCAACCCAACCCCCAUCCCCAAACCAAAGGGUAAAAACCCCUCCCCCCAGCCCCCAAAAAACCCACGGUACAACCCCCCCCCAGCCCAAAACAACAGGUACCAACCCUCCCCCAGCCCCCCAAACCAACAGGUACCAACCCCCCCCCCAGCCCCCCCAAACCAACGGGUACCAACCCUCCCCCAGCCCCCCAAACUACAGGUCCCAAAACCCCCCCCCCCGUCCCCAAAAAAACAGGUCCCAAACCCCCCAGUCCCAAACCUAAGGUACCAAACCCCCCCCCAUUCCCCCCCAAACAAACGGGUUUCCCAACCCCCCCCAGUCCCCAAAACCUACGGUACCAAGCCCCCCCAGUCCCCAAACCCUAAGGUAGAACCCCAAAAUCCCAGUCCCAAAACCAAACGGGUACCAACCCUCCCCCCAUCCCCCAAACAAAAGGUACCAACCCCCCCACCCCAAAAAAACGGACCAACCCCCCCCAGCCCCAAAUACAGGCCCCAAUGCCCCCAAACCAAAGGACCAACCCCCCCCCCCAGUCCCCAAAAACCUACAGGUCCCAACCCCCUCCCCAAAGCCCCCAACCAACAGGUCCCAACCCCCCCCACCCCCAAAACCACAGUACCAACCCUCCCCCCGUCCCCAAAACCCCAAACAUACCAACCCCCCCAGUUCCCCAAACCACGGGGAAAACCCCUCCCCCCAGUCCCCAAACCAAAGGCCCAACCCUCCCCCCCCCCCAAAACCUAAGGUAAAACCCAAACCCCCCACCCCCAAAACCUACAUACCAACCCCCCCCCCACCCCCCAAACAAAGGUCCAACCCCCCCGCCCCCAAAACCUCCCCCAACCCCCCCCCCACCCCCCAAAACCAAAACACCCCCAACCUCCCCCCUCCCCCCCUACUUUCCCCCCCCCCCCCCCUCCCCCCAAAAUCCCCCCCCCGCUCCCCCCCCUCUUUCCCCCCCCCCCCCCCCCAAAACCCCCUCCCCCUCCCCUUCCCCCCCCUCUCCCCCUCCCCCCAGCCCCCCAAAACCCCCCCAACCCCUCCCCUCCCCCCCCCUACUUUCCCAACCCCCCCCCUCCCCCCCCCUUUUUUCCCCCCUCCCCUCCCCCCUUUCCCCCCUCCCCCCCCAGCCCCCCCCAGGAAACCAACCCCCCCCCCAGCCCCCAAACCCAACAGGUACCAAGCCUCCCCAGCCCCCAAAACCCAACAGGUCCAACCCUCCCCCCACCCCCAAAAAAACCCAGGUACCAACCCUCCCCAGUCCCAAACCCAAAGGGUACCAAGCCCCCCCGCCCCCAAAACCAAACAGGUCCAACCCUCCCCAGCCCCCCAACCAACGGUACCAACCCUCCCCCACCCCCCAAACCAACGGGGGUACCAACCCCUCCCCCCCAGUCCCCAAACCAACAGGUCCCAAAAACCCGCCCCCAAACCAACGGUACCAACCCUCCCCCCCACCCCCAAAUAAAGGUACCAAGCCUCACCCCCCCAAAACCAAAGGUACCAACCCCCCCCCAGUCCCCAAACCAACGGGGGACCAACCCUCCCCAGUCCCCAAACCUACGGGGACCACCCCCCCAGCCCCCAAAACCACAGGUCCCAACCCUCCCCAAAAUUCCCCAAACCAACGGGGCCCCAAACCCCCCCCACCCCCAAAAAAAAGGUACCAACCCCCCCCCCCAUUCCCCCCACAGGCACCAAGCCUCACCCCCAAAAAAACGGUACCAAGCCCCCCCAGUCCCCAAAACACAGGCCCCCAAGCCCAGCCCAAAAAACCAAAACGGUCCCAACCCCUCAGCCCCCAAAACCAACGGGGGACCAAGCCCCCCGUCCCCAAAAAAAGGGGGCCCAACCCCCCCCCACCCCAAACCAACAGGUACCAACCCUCCCCCCCACCCCCAAAAAAAACAGGGUACCAAGCCUCCCCCCCAGUCCCCCAACCAAACAGGUACCCAACACUCCCCACAGUCCCAAACCUACAGGUACCAACCCUCCCCCCCAGUCCCCAAAAACCUACAGGUACCAACCCUCCCCCAGUCCCCAAACCAACAGGUACCAAGCCUCCCCCCCAGUCCCCAAACCAACAGGUACCAACCCUCCCCCCAAGUCCCCAAACCUACAGGUACCAACCCUCCCCCAGUCCCCAAACCUACAGGUACCAACCCUCCCCUCAGUCCCCAAACCUACAGGUACCAAGCCUCCUCCCUCAGUCCCCAAACCUACAGGUACCAAGCCUCAGUCCCCAAACCUACAGGUACCAAGCCUCAGUCCCCAAACCAACAGGUACCAAGCCUCAGUCCCCAAACCUACAGGUACCAAGCCUCAGUCCCCAAACCUACAGGUACCAAGCCUCAGUCCCCAGCCCUCUCAGGAUCUCCCAAACCGUCAGGCUCUUGUAUCCACCAACGCUGAAGACUCAACAACCCAAUAGGUUUGUUAAACAUGGCUGAUUUGUACCGUCUUCUCUCCCAAGGCACAGCGGUGUUCCAACGAGCCGUUCCAACCAAGGAGAUGGAGCAGCGGUCUAGACAGUAAACCUGGAUUUAUGUUGCCUUUAAUCAGCUCGGCUUUUUAGCAUGCAUUAAACAUUGUGCUUUUCAUUUUCAAUGAGGAUGUCUCUAAUUUUAAUUAUUAUCAAGUGGAAAUAAUUUUCCAUAAACGUAUCACAUUGUGUUUGUUCCCCCCCAUAACCCCUCCCCUCUCCUCUGUGCCCCGCUCAUAACUCCUCCCCUCUCCUCUGUGCCCUCAUAACUCCUCCCCUCUCCUCUGUGCCUCAUAACUCCUCCCCUCUCCUCUGUGCCUCAUAACUCCUCCCCUCUCCUCUGUGCCUCAUAACUCCUCCCCUCUCCUCUGUGCCUCAUAACUCCUCCCCUCUCCUCUGUUCCCCUCAUAAACUCCCUCUGCCAACUCCUCCCCUUCCUCGGUGCCCUCUCAUCAAUAACUCCUCCCCUCUCCCCAUAACCCCUCCACUCUCCUCUGUUCUAUCAGACGGUCAGGUCAGGAACAGGAAGUAGACUCUAACAGGAGGGCCAGGAGGAGGAGGUUGGUCCCACAGCAUAGAUAACCUAACCCAUCAUACCAUAACCCAUCAUACCCUAACCCAUCAUACCUAACCCAGCGUAGACCACAGGUCCCACAGCAUAGAUAGAGAUCUCUAUAUCAGGUAAGGGUGCCUGGGCCCAGAUCUGUUUCUGCUCUCUUGCCAACUCCUUAUGGAAUUGUCAUGUUUGGCUUAUCAAUGACAGCAAUUAAGUUGGUAUGAGCACAAACUGAUCUGGGAGCAGGCUACCGAUAAGGGGCUCUAUUUUCGGCUGUCAUUAAGUCGGCACAAACUGAUCUGGGACCAGGAAACAUCAUGCCCUCAGUAGGCUGCCCUGCUGUAAUGAGUCUGUCUUACCCUGCCAUGCAUUAGCCAGGAGCCGAUUACCCUGCCAUGCAUUAGCCAGGAGCCGAUUACCCUGCCAUGCAUUAGCCAGGAGCCGAUUACCCUGCCAUGCAUUAGCCAGGAGCCGAUUACCCUGCCAUGCAUUAACCAGGAGCCGAUUACCCUGCCAUGCAUUAGCCAGGAGCCGAUUACCCUGCCAUGCAUUAGCCAGGAGCCGAUUACCCUGCCAUGCAUUAGCCAGGAGCCGAUUACCCUGCCAUGCAUUAACCAGGAGCCGAUUACCCUGCCAUGCAUUAACCAGGAGCCGAUUACCCUGCCAUGCAUUAGCCAGGAGCCGAUCCAUAGAAGGUUUCUAAAUGGUCUACUCCUGAGGCUUUUGACAUCAUGCUUUUUCAUUAUUCACAAUUCACAUAGGCCUACCUGCAUACUCCAUUCAGCUUGUAUCCCUACCUGCAGUGCAUACUCCAUUCAGCUUGUAUCCCUCCCAAUUUCCAAAGAGCGCCUCUUGUCCGGUUACCAAAGACGUGCUCCUCCAAACAUAUCAACGGUAGUCCUCGGGUAUAUCUGGUUUAUUGAGAACGUGCCUGACACAAUACAAUUUACGGGAGUCUAUGUGCGAAGACAUGUAGAUCUGUCAUCCCCCCCCCCCCCUUCUCUCCACCCUGUCAUCUUCCCCUCUCUCUCCACUCCUCCCUCCUCCCCCCCCCCCUUCUCCCCUCCCUGUCAUCUUCCCUCAUCCCCCCCCCCCUCCCCCCCUCCCUCCCUCCUCUCUCCCCUCCCUCCUCUCCCCCCCCCCCCCUCCUCUCUCCCCCCCCCCCUCCUCCCCCCUCUCUCCCCCAUCAGGAUAUAUGAGCAGCUGCCAGAGGUGCAGAGGAGGAGAGAGGAGGAGAAGAGGAGAGAG